GAUGUUGACAUUGGUAUGGAUUUCCGCUACAGUGUUGUUGACGGCAGCUUGUUGAUCAAUAACCCCAAUAGAACCCAAGAUGCUGGAACGUACCAGUGCAUAGCAACAAACUCAUUUGGAACAAUUGUAAGCAGAGAAGCAAAGCUUCAGUUUGCUUAUCUUGAAAACUUUAAGACAAGAACAAGAAGCACAGUGUCAGUCCGUCGAGGUCAGGGAAUGGUGCUCCUGUGCGGCCCGCCACCCCAUUCUGGAGAGCUGAGCUAUGCCUGGAUCUUCAAUGAAUACCCUUCAUAUCAGGAUAACCGCCGCUUCGUUUCUCAAGAGACUGGGAAUCUGUAUAUUGCCAAAGUGGAAAAAUCCGAUGUUGGUAAUUAUACCUGUGUAGUUACCAACACUGUGACCAAUCACAAGGUCCUGGGACCGCCCACACCACUAAUCCUGAGAAAUGAUGGGGUGAUGGGUGAAUAUGAGCCCAAAAUAGAAGUGCAGUUUCCGGAAACCGUCCCGGCUGAGAAAGGAAAAACGGUCAAGCUGGAAUGCUUUGCCUUAGGAAACCCAGUCCCAAGUAUCCUAUGGCGAAGAGCUGAUGGAAAGCCGAUAGCAAGGAAAGCCAGAAGACAUAAGUCGAAUGGAAUUCUGGAAAUUCCCAAUUUUCAGCAGGAAGAUGCUGGUCCAUAUGAAUGUGUGGCUGAAAACUCCAGAGGCAAGAACAUAGCAAAGGGACAGUUGACUUUUUAUGCUCAACCUAACUGGGUUCAAAUAAUAAAUGAUAUUCAAGUGGCCAUGGAAGAGAGUGUCUUCUGGGAAUGCAAAGCAAAUGGGAGGCCCAAGCCUACCUACAGGUGGCUAAAAAAUGGAGACCCACUGUUAACACGGGAUAGAAUACUAAUCGAGCAAGGAACACUCAACAUAACAAUAGUGAAUCUCUCGGAUGCUGGCAUGUACCAGUGUGUGGCAGAGAAUAAACAUGGAGUUAUCUUUUCCAGCGCUGAGCUUAGUGUAAUAGCUGAAAGUCCAGAUUUUUCGAGAACACUCUUAAAAAGAGUAACACUUGUCAAAGUGGGAGGUGAAGUUGUCAUUGAGUGCAAGCCAAAAGCAUCCCCGAGACCUGUCUACACCUGGAGAAAGGGAAGAGAAAUAUUAAGAGAAAAUGAAAGAAUUACCAUUUCUGAAGAUGGAAACCUCAGAAUCAUCAAUGUGACUAAAUCUGACGCUGGAAGUUACACCUGCAUAGCCACGAACCAUUUUGGAACUGCCAGCAGUACUGGGAAUGUGGUUGUGAAAGACCCAACGAAGGUGAUGGUUCCCCCUUCCAGCAUGGAUGUCACUGUGGGAGAAAGCAUUGUUCUUCCAUGCCAGGUGACACAUGAUCACUCCCUGGACAUUGUGUUUACUUGGACAUUUAAUGGACAUUUGAUAGACUUUGACAAAGAUGGAGACCACUUUGAAAGAGUUGGAGGGCAGGAUUCAGCUGGUGAUUUGAUGAUCCGAAACAUCCAACUGAAGCAUGCCGGGAAAUAUGUCUGCAUGGUCCAAACAAGUGUGGACAAACUCUCUGCUGCAGCGGACCUGAUUGUAAGAGGUCCUCCAGGUCCUCCUGAGGCUGUGACCAUAGAUGAAAUCACAGACACCACUGCUCAGCUUUCUUGGAGACCAGGACCUGACAACCACAGCCCUAUCACCAUGUAUGUCAUCCAAGCUAGGACUCCAUUCUCCGUGGGAUGGCAAGCAGUCAGCACAGUUCCAGAACUCGUCGAUGGGAAGACAUUCACAGCAACUGUGGUGGGUUUGAAUCCAUGGGUUGAAUAUGAAUUCCGAACUGUUGCAGCUAACGUGAUUGGCAUUGGGGAACCCAGCCGGCCCUCAGAGAAACGGAGAACAGAAGAGGCUCUCCCUGAAGUCACCCCGGCUAACGUCAGUGGUGGUGGAGGCAGCAAAUCUGAACUGGUUAUAACCUGGGAGACAGUCCCUGAGGAAUUACAGAAUGGCAGAGGCUUUGGUUACGUGGUAGCCUUCCGGCCACAUGGCAAAAUGAUCUGGAUGCUGACCGUGCUGGCUUCAGCUGAUGCCUCCAGAUAUGUGUUCAGGAAUGAGAGCGUGCGUCCAUUCUCUCCCUUUGAGGUUAAAGUGGGUGUCUUCAAUAACAAAGGGGAAGGCCCUUUCAGUCCCACCACGUUGGUGUAUUCUGCUGAAGAAGAGCCCACCAAGCCUCCAACCAGUAUCUUUGCCAGGAGUCUUUCUGCCACAGAUAUCGAAGUUUUCUGGGCCUCCCCUAUUGGGAAGAACAGAGGACGGAUUCAAGGUUAUGAGGUAAAAUAUUGGAGACAUGAUGAUAAGGAAGAAAACGCUAGAAAAAUACGAACAGUUGGAAAUCAGACAUCCACGAAAAUCAGCAACUUGAAAGGAAGCGCUCUGUAUCACUUAUCUGUCAAGGCAUAUAACUCAGCUGGGACAGGACCCUCCAGUGCAACAGUCAAUGUCACGACCAGAAAGCCACCACCAAGCCAACCCCCUGGAAACAUCAUAUGGAAUUCAUCGGACUCCAAAAUUAUCCUGAACUGGGAUCAAGUGAAGGCUCUGGAUAAUGAGUCAGAAGUAAAAGGAUACAAAGUCUUGUACAGAUGGAACAGACAAAGCAGCACAUCUGUCAUUGAAACAAACAAAACAUCAGUGGAGCUUUCUUUACCUUUCGAUGAAGAUUACAUCAUAGAGAUCAAGCCAUUCAGUGAUGGAGGAGAUGGCAGCAGCAGCGAGCAAAUCCGAAUCCCAAAGAUAUCAAAUUCCUAUGCAAGAGGAUCUGGGGCUUCUACCUCCAAUGCGUGUACACUGUCAGCCAUCAGUACAAUAAUGAUUUCUCUCACAGCCAGGUCUAGUUUAUGACAAA